AUGGCCUCGUCGCCUCUCCUGCUGCUGCCGCUCCUGCUGCUGCUGCUGCGGCCGGAGGUCCCCGCCGCAACGCGGUGGUCCUCGCUGGAAGCACUCCCCGAGGGGGCGGCCCCCUGCCAGGCCGGUGAGCUGUGCCUGCAGGCAUCGCCCCAGAAGCCGAAAGUUCCCCUGGUCAACGUGAGCCUCUACUAUGAGGCGCUGUGCCCUGGCUGCCGGAUGUUCCUGAUGCGAGAGCUCUUCCCGACGUGGCUGAUGGUGUGGGAAAUCCUCAACGUCACCUUGGUGCCCUAUGGGAACGCUCAGGAAAGAAACGUCAGUGGCAAGUGGGAGUUCUCAUGCCAGCAUGGUGAGCGGGAGUGCAAGCUUAACAAAGUGGAGGCCUGCCUGCUGGACCAGCUGGAGCCGAAAACAGCCUUCCUGACCAUUGUCUGCCUAGAGGAAAUGACUGACAUGGAGCAAAAUCUGAAGCCAUGCCUGCAGAUCUAUGCGCCAAAGGUGUCCCCGGAUUCCAUCAUGGAGUGUGCUCUGGGGGACCGUGGCACGCAGCUCUUGCACAUCAAUGCUCAGCUCACAGAUGCUUUGCGGCCACCCCACACAUACGUGCCCUGGGUCGUCGUCAAUGGGGAACACAUGAAAGAAGAUGAGCAUCUCCUACACCUUGUCUGCCGCUUGUACCAGGGCCAGAAGCCAGAUGUCUGCCAACCCACAGCUGACCUGUCCAAGCAAGUCCACUUCAAGUGA